GAUUUCCAUUAUCUUCCAUUACAUCUUGAAUGGACCAGAUACCCUUCUCCAUCCAGUCUUUAUAAAAAAAAGAUUUUCUUUUAAUUAAGAUGCAUCUAUUGUUCCAAACUGGCAUAUUGUGCGGGGUAAAGUUAUACAUCGAUGCCAAGACACACCUUGGAGCGGUGUGUCUUGGCAUCGAUGAAGGUGGACGGCCUCUCAGUGCUCCAGCCUCCUUGUUAAGACGAAAGGCCCUUUAUGUCUGAGCCGAGGGGCGGGGCCGGCUCUCUCUGCCUCCCCCUCACUCACCCACUCACCCACUCGCACACACAGACCCAGAGAGCGUGCUCUUAGUGGCAAUGGUGGAGAGAGAACUAAACAGUCAGAAGUCUGGUUAAACGUCACUAGAGUCGAUGCUGGCAAUGCUCGUUGCCACAAGUGCAGCAAGUCUUCUGCAUGUCAGGGCAGAGACACGAGCAGUCUGUCCAAACAUCCAGCGGAAGUGCAUCAAAUACAGGUGAAGAAAUGCAGCUUUCGGCUGCCUAGCUCGUAGUUCAUCUCUCGUUGGCCUUCUGUGGUGAUGCUAAGGGACCGCUCCAAGACACUCGUCUGUUAGCAUUUGUUUUUUGUUGCGUUUUUCAUUCAUGUACAGAUCAAUCUCACAAAAAGAAACAGAACAUAAAACAACAACAACAAGACAACAACAUGGGGUAUCAUACAACAAUCAACAGGGCACUAAACAAAUAUAUUUAAGGCUUGGGGGGGGCUCUCUCCCUCUCUCUCUCUCUCUCUCUCUCUCCCCCUCUCCCCUCCCUCUCCGUCUUCAUUAGUUUUUUACUUUCACUUUGUGACCUCGGGGUAGAAAUGUGUAGCAGCAGGAGCAGUAAAAGUGGGUUGUAAUCCACAGCAACACAACAGUCUCAUAGUGGGAUAUUCUUCCAUGACUUGGUUUUAGUGGAUCUCUGUUGCUGUUGACGUCUUCCUGCUUCAUCUAGCGGACAAUCAGAAUAAUGCAUCCAGGACCCACCAAAGAGAAUAAGAAGCAUCUUCUCUCUGUGUGUCCUCUACUGAUGAAGACAGAAGGUCUGUUUGACUUGAUGUGGACCUGAGUUCACCAGUGGUAUCCAGACAGAACCAACAGCAGCCAACAGGUUAUAGUGUGUUGUCUCUCCUCAUUCUGUUGGUCUACACUCUGCUAUGAAUGUGUCUGAGGAGAGAGAGGAGGGAGGUCCUCCCUCGAAAACCACUCUGUCUGGGGAACAUGGCAGCCAGACCAAAGCUAAGAGCCCAGUCCAGCAGGAGAGACCAGACUCCCCUGUACCCAGCUGUGUGUCCAUCAAGAGUGACCAGUCUAUGCAUCUACCUAUUCAUUUCAAAGAUGGACACCACUCUACUGAACAGAGAGACCACCAGGAGAGGUCAGAGGUUCUCAGUGGUCAGUCUGUCCAGGAGCAUCAAACAGACCUGGACUCCAUAUUUAUGCUGCUUGAGGAGAACAUUGUCACUUUUGUGAAGAAGGAGCUGAAGAGGUUCCAGAAGGAUCUGAGUCCAGAUUACCCAGAGUGCUUAGAGAGACAGAGGGAGGAGGAGGAGGAGCAGAGGAGGAGUCCCAGAGAGGCACUUCUGAAGAUCACACUGCACUUCCUGAGGAGUAUGAAGCAGGAGGAGCUGGCUGACUCUCUGGAGAGCAAAACCCCUGUUCCCUUGUGCCGGAGUCACCUGAAAGCAGCUCUGAAGGAGAAGUUUCAGUGUUUGUUUGAGGGUGUUGCUAAACCAGGAGAGUCAACACUUCUGAAUCAGAUCUACACAGAGCUCUACAUCACAGAGGGAGGGAGUGGAGAGGUCAAUAAUGAACAUGAGGUCAGAAAGAUUGAAACAGCGUCCAGGAAACCAGCGAGACCAGAAACACCGAUCAAAUGUGAAGACAUCUUUAAACCCUUACCUGGACAAGAUAAACCAAUCAGAACAUUGAUGACAAGGGGAGUGGCUGGCAUCGGGAAAACAGUCUUAACACGGAAGUUCACUCUGGAUUGGGCUGAAGACAAAACCAACCACAAUAUACACUUCACAUUUCCAUUCACGUUCAGAGAGCUGAAUGUGCUGAAAGAUAAAAAGUUCAGCUUGGUGGGACUUCUUCAUCACUUCUUUAUUGAAACCAAAGAAGCAGGAAUCUGCAGCUUUGACCAGUUCCAAGUUGUGUUCAUCUUUGAUGGUCUGGAUGAGUGUCGACUUCCUCUGGACUUCCAGAACAAUGAGAUCUGGACUGAUGUCACAAAGUCCACCUCAGUGGACGUGCUGCUGACAAACCUCAUCAAGGGGAAACUGCUUCCCUCUGCUCGCCUCUGGAUAACGACACGGCCUGCAGCAGCCAACCAGAUCCCUCCUGAGUGGGUUGACAUGGUGACGGAGGUGAGAGGGUUCAAUGAUCCACAGAAGGAGGAGUACUUCAGGAAGAGGUUUAGAGAUGAGGAGCAGACCAGAAGAAUCAUCUCACACAUCAAGACAUCACGAAGCCUCUACAUCAUGUGUCACAUCCCAGUCUUCUGUUGGAUCACUGUUACAGUUCUCGAUCACGUGUUGAGAACAGAUGAGAGAGGAAAGAUACCCAAGACCCUGACUGAGAUGUACAUCCACUUCCUGGUGGUUCAGUCCAUCCAGGGGAAUGUGAAGUAUCAUGGGAGAUCUGAAACAGAGCCACACUGGAAUACAGAAAGCAGGAAGAUGAUUGAGUCUCUGGGAAAACUGGCCUUUGAACAGCUGGAGAAAGGCAACCUGAUCUUCUAUGAAGCAGACCUGACAGAGUGUGGCAUUGAUAUCAGAGCAGCCUCAGUAUAUUCAGGAGUGUUCACACAGAUCUUUAAAGAGGAGUGUGGGCUGUACCAGGACAAGGUCUUCUGCUUUGUCCAUCUGAGCAUUCAAGAGUUUCUGGCUGCUCUUUAUGUCUUUCUCUCAUUCAUCAACACUGGAGUCAUUCUGCUGUCAGCAACACAGUCAACCUCCUACUGGCUUAAACUAUUUGGAAAUAAACCAGACCUCUACCUGACAGCAGUGGACAAGGCGUUAGAGAGUCCAAACGGACAUCUGGACUUGUUCCUGCGCUUCCUCCUGGGCCUCUCACUGGAACCCAAUCAGAAUCUCCUACGAGGCCUGCUGAGAAAGACAGGAAGUAAAUCACAGACCACUCAGCAAACAGUCCGGUACAUCCAGAAGAAGAUCAGGGGGAAUCUCUCUCCAGAAAGAAGCAUCAAUCUGUUCCACUGUCUGAAUGAACUGAAUGAGCAUUCCCUAGUGGAGGAGAUCCAACAGUACCUGACAUCAGGAAGACUCUCCACAGACCGGCUCUCUCCUGCUCAGUGGUCAGCUCUGGUCUUCAUCUUACUGUCUUCAGAAGAGGAGCUGGACGUGUUUGACCUGAAGAAAUACUCUGCUACAGAGGAGGGUCUUCUGGGGCUGCUGCCAGUGGUCAAAGCCUCCAGUACAGCUCUGUUGAGUUCCUCUAAUCUGUCAGACAGAAGCUGUGAAGUUUUGUCCUCAGUUUUCAGCUCCAACUCCUCUAGUGUGAGAGAGCUGGACCUGAGUAACAAUGAUCUGCAGGAUUCAGGAGUGAAGCUGCUCUCUGCUGGACUGGGGAGUCCACAAUGUAGACUGGAAACUCUCAGGUUGUCGGGCUGUCUGGUCACAGAGGAAGGUGUUUUUUCUCUGCUCUCAGCUCUGAGCUCCAACCCCUCCCAUCUGAGAGAGCUGGACCUGAGCUACAACCAGCCUGGAGACUCAGGAGGGAAGCUGCUCUCUGCUGGACUGGAGGAUCCACACUGGAGACUGGACACUCUCAGGCUGGACCAUGCUGGAGUGUGCAGGUUGACACCAGGUGUGAGGAAGUAAGCCUGUGAAUUCACACUGGACCCAAACACAACACACAGAGACCUCCUUCUGUCUGAGGACAACAGAAAGGUGACAUGGUGGAGAGAGGAGCAGUCGUAUCCUGAUCAUCCAGACAUAUUUGACUCCUGGAGACAGGUUCUAUGUAGAGAGAGUCUGACUGACCGCUGUUACAUGGAGGUACAGUGGAAAGGAUAUGUUCGUAUAGGAGUGACUUACAGAGGAAUCAGAAGGAGAGGAGGAGGUGAUGACUGUCUGCUUGGAUAUAAUAAAAAGUCCUGGAAUCUGUCCUGCCGUAGUGAUAGAUACAAUGUCUGUCAUAAUAAUAGAGUAACAGAGAUACGUAUCUCCCCCUCCUCCUCUGACAGAGUAGGAGUGUAUCUGGACUGGUCUGCUGGAACUCUGUCCUUCUACAGAGUCUACUCUGACACACUGACACACCUCCACACCUUCACCUCCACAUUCACUGAACCUCUCCAUUUUGUGUUUAGGUUGUGGUCACGUGACUCAUCAGUGUGUGCGUGUGUUAGAUAGAGGAGGUAGAGACGCCUCCUGUGUCCUGGAGGAACACUCACACUCCUGCCCAAACACACCUAAAGAGUGAUAGAUCACACUGUACACACACACACACACACACAAAUACAGACAGUGUGACCAAAGAUGUGUGUUUUGGGGUUGUAAUAGUUGUGUGGUGUGUUUAAUGUGUGUUGGAUGUAUGCUUCAUUGAUUCAGUUUCUGCAUUUUACUCAUGCUUAUCUACUCAUAUAUUUUCGUGAUGUGUGUGUGUGUGGUGUUAGUGUAGAUAGCGGGACCGAAAACUAAAGCACUUACGAUCCUAAUUCUUUUUGGAGGUGGUAGGUAUUGUUCCAGAGAGUAAGGGAAAAAUCCCAGAAAAUUAAAAUUAUGCAUAAUUAUGCAUAAAUAUGCAAAAUGUGCAUUUUUUCUAAAAAUGGCCAAAAACCACUUUUCUCGUCAUUUCAGAUGAUUCUGAGCAUCUUUGAUUUUUUCACCUAUAUACAUUUUUUUUCUGGGACUUGUUUUGGCAUUAUGCAAAAUAGAUGCAUUUUUGCAAAAAUGCACUUAUGAUCCUAAUUUUUUUUGGAGGUGGUAGGUAUUGUUCCAGAGAGGACCAGAAAAAUAGCAGAAAAUUGAAAUAUAGUUAUAAUAAUUAUGCAUAAUUAUGCAAAAUAUGCAUUUUCUAAAAAUGGCUAAACACCACUUUUCUCGGCAUUUCAGAUGAUUCUGAG